UCAGCAGGUUUCUUUCGUAGAAACCAAGAUGGCGUCGGACGACGAGGAUGUGCCAGAUUCUGGAGCCGUGUUUACGUUUGGCAAAAGCCGUUUCUUGGACAACAAAUUUUGGAUUCGCGAUGAUGCAGUGAUCCAUCUCGCUUGCGGAGACGAGCAUUCCGCUGUCGUUACAGAAAACGGGAAGUUGUACACAUUUGGAAGUAACGAUUGGGGACAGCUCGGUCAUGGAAGCACUGUGCAGUUUCCGAACCCAAAGCUUGUCAAACGCUUAAAACCAGAAAAGGUGAACAUGGUUGCUGCUGGAAGGAAUCACACAAUUGUGUCAACUGAAUCUGGAAAAUUAUACAGUUUUGGUUGUGGAAGUGAUGGACAACUGGGACAUGGCAACUGUGAGAAUUCUCAAGUACCUAAAGCAAUUGAGUCGUUAAAUGAUCAGCAGUACAAGAUGCUUGCUUGUGGAUCAGACUUCACUGCAGCCGUUACUGCUGAUGGCAGGCUGUAUACAUGGGGUUCCAGCAGUGAAGGGCAGACAGGUCAAGGUGAUGAGGACUAUAAUGUACCUACACAAGUGCAGAUAAGAGGAAAGGUAGUGGCUGUGGGGUGUGGCUAUUACCACAUGGCUGUAGUUACAGAUGACGGUUCUUUGUACACAUGUGGAGAAAAUGAAAGUGGCAAGCUAGGAUUGGAUGACUCUCAACUCAGUGAGACAUCACAACUUCAGAAACUUUUUAGUAUAAAUGAACAAUUUAUCACUGUUGCAUGUGGUGGAAAUCAUACUGUGGCAGUCACCAGGAAUGGAAAAUUAUAUACAUUCGGACAGGGAGAUCAUGGGCAACUUGGGCAUGGCUCUUCAUGGUUAGAGUGCCAAACUCCAAAACAGGUGUCUUCUCUAGGAAACAUUCGUGUUCAAUAUGUAGCCUGUGGUGAAUCUCACACGGCAGUAAUAACAAAACAUGGAAAUCUCUACACUUGUGGAGAUGGUCGACAUGGAAAACUUGGAAUGGGAGAAGAGUCAUUCUCCAAUCUUUUUAAGCUUGAAAAAGUGACUAGAUUUGAUAACUUCAUGGUACAAAAGGUUGCCUGCGGAGGAUGUCAUACACUUGUUAUUGCUGUUAAAACAACUGAAAACAGUGACGGUACAGACAGUGAAGCUGAGGCCGAGAAGGACAUUCUUGCAGCUUCAGUUUCAUCAACUAAAAGUCUCCAGGACGUCGUGGAUGGACCGUCAGGUUACAGUGGUGGUCUUUCUUCCACUUUUCCUGUGGGAGGUGCAGCAAGGAAUAAGCGUCGGCAAAGAAACGUAGAGAGCUUGGGUAACUCAGUAGGAGGAGGUUCACUGCCACCUAUCAGCAAGUCCACUCUACCUCCCUUGUCUCGGACACUCCCGGUGCUGAAGAAAGAGGUGUCUAAAGAAGAAAAGAUGCCUGUCAACCCCCUUGACAUGUCGACAUUACCUAAAAUAUCACGAGAGGAGCAAGCAGAAAAGGACCAAAGAAAAAAUGAUUCGGACAAAGAAAAUAAGCUAUCUGCAAGCAGAAAAACAAAGGUCACUAAUAAACCGGCUAAAAAACCAAAAGAUGCUGAAAGUUCUUCUGGCAUAUCAGAAAGUGAAGAUGACGAAGAUGAAAACGAGGAGGAAGACAAGAAAAAAGCAAGCCAAACAACAAGUUUAAAGGAGAAAGAGAAAAAAGUAGAUACUAAAAAAACAGGUGAAGAAUCAGAGGAAUCCAUGACUGAAGAUGAAAGUGACAGUGUAGAGGAAGAGCCCUCUGACAAAAAGAAAACAGCAGCGGCAGCAGCAACGAAGCAAGUAGAAACAGUCUCAACUGUUACAUCAAAGGAGGGCAAGAAAGAUAAAGAAGAAGAUGAAGACGAAGAAUCCGGCGAAGACGACGAAGACGACGAAGAAAGUGAUGAGGAAGACGAAGAUGAAGAGAGUCCAGAGGAGGGGAAAAAAUCCGAGAAGAGUGAGACACUUAAAGUUGUUGGAAAGAAAAUUGAAGUUACAAAAGUGAAGAAAACGACGAACGACGACGAAGAAGAAGAGGAGGAGGAGGAGGAGGAGGAGGAUUCUGAGGAAGAGGAAAGUGAAGAAGAGGACGAGGACGAGGAAGAAGAAGACAAGGCAAACAAACAGAAGGAGCAGCAAAAAAAAUCUGACAAGAAAUCUGAAGUUAAAGACAAGGAUAAAAAAGCUGUUUCCAAGAAAAAGCAGGAAGCUGAAGAGGAUAGCGAAGAAGAGGAAGAGGAAGAUGAUGAUGACGAGGACGAGGAAAAUGAGGAAGAGGACAGGAAAAAAGAAGAGGAACAAACAAAGGAUGCUACGAAAGAUAAAAAGUCCAAGGAAAAAACGGAAGAUAAGAAGAAAAAAGAUAAAGAUAAGAAGAAAGAAGAUGAAGACAAUUCGGACAAGAAAACAUCUGAUGAUAAAAAAGAGAAAAAGAACAAGGACAAGAAAGGAAAAGAGAAAGACAACGUAGACGAGGAAGAUGAUGAAGACGACGAACAUGCCGAAGAAAAUAAAGAUGACGAAGAAGAAGACGAAGAAGAAGGAAAAAGUAAAGACAAAGGAGACAAGGAAGAAAAGAAUGGCAAAGGUAAAACAGACAAAAAAGACAAGAAGGACGAUAAGGCAGACAAACCCGAGGCAGGGAAAACCAAAGAAAAAAAGUCUGGCAUUUGUGCCAUUUUGUAGAUGAAAGAGACUUUUUUAAGCUUCGAAAUUCCAAAAGACAGGUUACUAUUGGUGGUCAUCUAAAUUUGACUGUUUACAAUCGUAAACGAGAAUUUAGAUUUUCUGAGACAAACUUAAAUUAUGCCCGCAUCAAAUUUGUACAGUAGCUUGUUUUCACUUGAAUGAAAGAAAAUCAGCACUCUUAGCAGACCGUAUAACAUAGGCUGGUUGGUUAAGAAGAUUUUAUUGAGCAAGUCAAGACGUCUUGUUCUUUGGCUCCUCGUUAAAAAACGUUUUUGCGGCUACGAAAUGUUAGAUUUUGCAAGGAUUUUAAAACCUGCAUGUUUACCGCUCAGAAAAUUCCAAAGAUAAUAUUAUUUGCGACUUUUUUCAUUGGACAGUGGAAAUGCUAACAAGAGAUGUCAGAUUACGAUUUUUUUUUUACAGAUUUUAAGUAGCUUCUUCAAUAUUUGAAAGUAAGACUUUGUUAAAUAAAUGACUAUUUUUAAUUUCUCUUA